AUGCACGUUGCGCGCGUUCUUGCGUCUUCUCCUGACAUUUCCAUGUCAUCCGUCUCCGCCUUUCCUCGAUGCCGUGCUCCAGCUCCGCACCAACAAGGUCCACGUCCACCAAGCUCUUUCACAUCUUUUCACUUCCAUUCCUAUCCACAUAUAGAUUUACCUUAUCCACAACUCAAGUCUCAGCAUGCAGCAUCAUCCGCGAUCCAAACGAUCCAGACCAAACCCCCCACAUGUCUCGUUUAUGCCUCAGCUGCAUCUCCCCUCUCCUCAUCUCUGCCUCUGCCUCUCAUCAAUCAAAGUGCUCAAAGUCAAGACAACAAACAGGCCUCUAGCGAGUCAGCCAGCCAGAGAGCCAGAGAGCCAGCCUGCCAGGCCAGUCGUCGAUCCCACGCGCCCUUCCCAUCGUCCAAUCAACAUCUCAAUGCCCACCCGAACAAAACACACAGAAAGCCCAUCACAGCUUCACACAUCAGACCAAUAACCAACCCCCUGCAACAGCAACGGCAAAUCCACCGACCCAUCGAUCCUCAGCUGUUCUAUCGCCCCAUUCAUUACUGUAUCACACCAACUCCUGCCCCUCCUUCCCUCCCCACCCCCACGACCCUUUCUCCUGCAGGCACAACCGCACCAAAGAGGAAAGCCGAGACCACCCUGUCAACUGCUCUCUUUGCUUACUGA